AUGGGACAGCACGUAUCCCGCACGGACUUCGAAUGGACGUACACCGAGGAACCGCACGCAAGCCGGCGGAAAAUGAUCCUGGAAAAGUACCCCCAGAUCAAGAAGCUUUUCGGGUACGAUCCACAAUUCAAAUGGGUCGCCAGUGCAAUGGUCCUCACCCAGCUGGCGAUGCUGUUCGUCGUAAAGGAUCAAUCGUGGAAGAUGGUGUUCCUGCUGGCGUACUGUUUCGGUGGCGUGAUCAACCAUUCGCUGAUGCUGGCAUGCCAUGAAAUAGCUCACAAUCUAGCGUUUGGGCACGCGCGACCGAUGGCGAAUCGGUUGUUUGGCUUCUUUUGCAACCUUCCGAUCGGUUUGCCGAUGUCGGUGUCAUUCAAAAAGUACCAUCUAGAGCACCACCGCUAUCAGGGUGACGAGGUGAUCGACACGGAUCUGCCCACAUACCUAGAGGCGAAGCUGUUCUGCACGACGGUGGGCAAAUUUUUCUGGGUUUGUCUGCAGCCCCUGUUCUACAUCUUCCGGCCACUGAUCGUGAAUCCGAAACCACCGCAAAAGCUUGAGCUGGUCAACGGGGUCAUACAGCUCGCUUUCAACACGAUUAUUGUGCAGUAUUUCGGCUGGAAGGUGAUGAUUUAUCUCAUUGUCGGAUCGCUGCUCGCGAUGGGCCUGCAUCCCGUGGCGGGCCACUUCAUCUCCGAACACUACAUGUUCGCGAAAGGCUUCGAAACGUACUCGUACUAUGGGCCGCUAAAUUGGAUCACCUUUAAUGUGGGGUACCACAACGAACAUCACGAUUUCCCUGCCGUGCCCGGACGGUUACUGCCGGAGGUGAAGCGAAUUGCGCCCGAGUUCUACGAAACCAUCCCGCAACACACGUCCUGGACGCGGGUGCUGUUCGAUUUCAUCACCGAUCCGGCCGUCGGACCGUACGCUCGUAUCAAGCGUAAAGCCCGCGGUCUGGAAUCGUAA